AUGGCGCUCUUGACGCACUUGACAAAUGAUCAAGCGUGGAAGGGUAUUCACAAUUAUAUCAGAUCGGUUCAGGCCGAAUUAGAUGAUGUAUCACCGAUUCAGUCCCUCUAUCAAUGUCACCAUGGAUCCGGACAGCCAGACCGAUCCGUUGAGAGUACUUUCACGUUGGCAUGCACCACGGGUGCCAGGGCAUUGCACUGCCAUGCGAUCGAGGGGUUGAAAGGAGGAUGGAAGAGAGGCCCGUGCAGGAGCAAUUGGCUUCCGCCUUUCUUCUCUUCCUUUCUUCUUGGCUGA